UGGGCGUCUAAUAUWAAUAUUAAUCAGCCAAUUAUAAAAAAUGCUUAGGAAAUAAAGGUUUAACCCUUAUAGCAUUUGGAUAUUUUUGGUGUUUUCGCUACUCGUCUCACAAGCUCUUGGAUUUGAAGUUAAAUCAAGUUGGCAAAAAUGUAUCGCCACAGCAAAAGUGGUGGAGGAAGGGUUAAAAGAAACAUGUACCAGCAUCGUAGACCAAACUUCGACAGUGCUGAAGCCCUAAGCAAGCCAUGGGCGAAAACUGGAGCGUGGUUUCUGGGACCAAAAGCAGAUAACGCUGACUUUUUUAUGGAAACCGUGGCUCAAGCCAUAGAAACAAAUAUCCAGUUCAGAAAAGGUUAUUUUCCCUGUGACCCACCCUUCGUCACAGAUGAAAUGCGCGAAGCAGAAUCAUUCCAAGAAGCAUUGCAGAAGACCAAGGAUGAGUUGGAGAAUGUGAAAAAGGAGCUCCUCAAAGUAGUUCCUUUCUUCAGCUCUCGUUACAAGGGUCAUGUCAUAUGGGAUACUAACAUGCCUGCCAAUCUUGGUUACCUGACGGCUUUUUUGUUCAAUCAAAACAAUUGCACCGCAGAAGCAUCUACCGUCACCACAAGGUUUGAAGUAGAAGUGGGCAUGGAUCUUUGCAAGAUGGUUGGCUUCGAUCCUGACAAGGCUGGAGGUCAUCUUGUCACUGGAGGUUCUGUGGCGAACAUCGAGUCUAUGUGGGUUGCUCGCAACGUCAAGUACUAUGCUUUAGGUCUUCAAGAAGCAAUCUUGAAAGAAGAUGCUCUUGCUAGCGCAAGAGAACUUACUGUUUAUCUACCAUCAAAGAAACAAGACGUGAAGAUUGUGGAUGCAACGAGCUGGGAACUUCUGAAUCUGAAAACAGAUGUGAUCAUCGAACUGCCUCAAAAGGUGGCUACYGCGUGUGCAUUAAGCGACACAGAAGUGAGUGGGAUUUUGAAAAAAUAUACAUUCGACUGCAUUGGUAUUCAAGAGUUUUGYCAGCGACAUAAUCUCAAGAAUAAUCCUUGCGCACUUGCACCUACCACAGCUCACAUUUCUAUCUUCAAAGGAGCCACGAUAACUGGUAUUGGAAGAGAGAAUCUGGUCAUGGUUCCUGCGRAUGAGGAUGCUAGAAUGGACCCCAAAGGUUUGCGAGACAUCCUGGAAGACAAGCUUGCAAAUCAAAUACCUGUCGUCAGCGUGGUAGCAGUGAUGGGUACCACUGAAGAGAGUGCUGUAGACCCCCUCGUAGACAUUCUUGAGAUCCGGGAAGAAAUGAGAACAAGAGGGUUGGACUUCAUGAUUCAUGUUGAUGGAGCAUGGGGAGGAUACUUCUGYACCAUGUUACGUACUCCACCAACUCCAUUGGUUCAAACGAGUGAGGAAACUUCUUGGUUCGUCCCCGAACUGACCCUCAAUUCCUAUUCUCGUGCUCAGUAUGCUGCAAUAGCAAACGUCGAUACCAUCACCAUUGAUCCACAUAAAAGUGGUUUCUGUCCCUACCCCGCAGGUGCUACCUGUUAUCGUGACAAGAGGAUCAACAGUUUCUUAGGAAUCACUAACCAGGUUACCUAUUACCAUGGUGCCUUAAACCUUGGAGAUGUUGGUAUUGAAGGAUCAAAACCUGGAGCAGCUGCUGUUGCAGUCGCAAUGGCACACAGGGUAAUAGGCCUUCAUAAGAAUGGCUACGGAAGGAUCCUUGGAGAAUGCAUGUUUACUUCUAAGCUGCUGUACUGUUACUUAGCAGCUCUUGCCAGGAUGGACGAUCCAUUUUCCGUGGUAAUGACCAAACCGUUUCCUUCUGACAAAACACCUGAAGAGCACAUUASAUUCAUUAAGACAAACAUCAUUGGAAAAACCAACGAGGAACUGGCAGAGAAUGAAGAAGUGAUGGAGUAUCUUCGAGAAGUUGGCCCAGAUACCAUGAUGCCUUGUUUCGCAGUUAAUGUCAAGGGCAACAGUGACAUUAAUCUGGUCAACGACAUCGUUCAAGCCAUCUUCAGAGAUCUUUGCAUGUCUGAUGACAAGGUCGCUUCUUUUAGAUACCCAAUGCUUAUAACUGCAUCUACAUAUGCCCAACAUCCUCAUAGUACUGCGCUGAAAGAAUUCAAGAAAAGACUGGGGAUCGACCCRUACGACACAACUGGAGUCAAGUACAUCAUCACUACCUGCAUGGAUCCCUGGGCUACGACCAUGGAAUUYCUGGAAGAAUUGGCAUCAAUUAUGAGGAACGCCAUUCUCUGUUCCAUUGGGACGGCUACUGAUCCAAAUGACUUUCAUGACUUUGUCUCCACUGGUAAGGUCGAUGGGAAGAACAACAUGAUUGUGAACUAUUCGGGAAGGUUUAACAAUGUCUCUCACCAAUACUUUGCAAUGGCAAAGGUCCAGUUUCUGAAUCCUGCUGAUGGAGAAAAGGCUUCUCACGGUGCUGCAAGAAGGGGAACAGAACCUUUGGUGUUGCGUAAUGUGAAACCAAAUCGACUUCACGAUCUGCUGUUGUAUGAUUACGACGAGGGAGAUGAGGGCAGAAAAGAGCCUGAAAUUGAGAUGGACUGCUACUCUGGUAUCCCAACUGGAGACAACAGGCCUUUCAUGAGAACCAAGAUCAGGGUUGUGGACGUGUCCAGGUUGGAUCACUUUGAUCCAAGUGUCGUGCGCAUGAAUCCUGACAAGACCAACUAUUUCCUCUACGGUAAUCAAGAAAAGGCCUACAUCUCUCAUAUUCCAACCAAAAAGCCAGACUUCGAGCAAYUGGUUGAGCUUGAGAGCAUACCUGAGGGAAUUUCCAAGCUUCUUCUCAAUUAUGGAAUUGAAAUCGAGAUCGUUGGAAUCCCCCAAGAAAGGCGCAGUGGUGGCGAGAUUGAUGACCCCUUGACGGAAAGUUCAUACRUUGUGUCCUUCAUAGGGGAGGAUGCAGAAGAGCWAAGGRCCACUAUUAAGAUUGGMAGAAAAAUCUGGUUUGACUCUGAUGUUAUUAAUAAUCAGUAAAUGGACUUUCUUAAUCACGAGUGUUGGAAGAAGUCUGCUAUGAACUAAAUGCUGGGAAGAAACAGUCCACUGAAUAAAUAGUUCAAGUGCAUCUGUACGUUAAAGCUCAAUGUCAUACUGACUUYAAAUAAAAAACUUUAAGUAACAGUUGUCAAAAAAACGCAACUGCAAAGAGUAAUGGGUAUUAGCCUCAUUAAUAUUUACAGUAUUUARAUGAGGGAAUAAAAUUUAAAAUCUUAGGAAUGUAAUAAUAUGAUAACGUCAAAUUAAACGGGUAAUUUGCAAUUUAAAAUUAUUAACGAACUGGAUUUAAGGUAUAACCAUCAAAGAAAAAAGCAUAUUUUACUGUAACAUAAGCCUUCUUCAAAAGGCAUUCAAUCUAAAUACCAACAUUAUUUAGAGCAAAAUUAUAUUAGACGAAAUAAAGUAACAAAGAGAAUUGAGCACUAAAA